AUGGAUGACCUAGCGAUUGCCCAUACCUUUGGACCCAUCACUCUCGACUCGAUCCGCGAGGGUGCAUAUGCUGUCCGGACAGCGCGUGCCGUCAAUUAUGGAGCCAUUGCUGUUAUGCUGUGGGAUAUGCUGCUAAACUUGGAUAGAGAGGUGGAGCUAAUAUGGAAGUCGAGAUGGAAUUUUGUCAAGAUUCUUUUCUUCUUCAACCGCUAUAUCUCGCCAAUGGUCCUUUGCGUCGAUGUCUGUCAUGAGUGGGACACAACAGGGGCUGGGUGUAUCGGUGUGAGCACGGGCCGCUGCCGUAAAUGGUACACGGCUGCAUAUUUGGUACAGAUCGCCUGUAGCGCGUCUACUUCACUCCUCGUGUCGUGUCGCUUAUGGGCCUGGUACGAGUUGUCGACUCCCACGCUCUAUUUCCUCUUCUCUGUUUGGCUCUCCGGUUUCGUUUCUUCAGCAGCGGUGAUGCUCAACGGACUUUGGGGCCCAGAUAAUGGAAUGGUGUACUUGUCGGCUUUCAAUGUGUGCAUCACCAUAGAAGACGAUAUCUGGAUACAGUGGCUCUCGGGGACUUUGUCACAUAGCAUCUACUUUAUCUCCUUAUUCUUCAGCGCAUUGACUGCACCUCGCUCGUCACGACACACCGCACUCGCGAUACUUUAUCGAGACGGACUGUUUUUUUAUCUAUUAACAUCUGCAACAAUGCUAGCGGCGCUACUAACCUGGAGAUUCGCACCUCGGUUAUACAUGGGUGUGAUCAUCUACAUGCCCUGGAUUACAAUGCAGAUCCUGCUAUCUCGCCUGCUCUUACACGUUCGGACAUCGCACAUCUUCUACGCUCACCCGCACUCAUCUAUUGCGGCCAUGGCCAAUUCGCAAGCUGGGUCAGUUUCGAGCGUACUCAAUGACUAUCCUCUACAAUCCCUUCCCGCCAAAUUGUCGAGAGAAGACCUACAAACACGCAUGUCUCCAUCGGCAUCCCCAGUCACAAAAGAUGGAAAAAGGCAGGGCUCGUUGGCACCGUCCAACAUAAACGAAACACUCUCACAGAUUCACAAACCUAGGCGUAUGUGUUCUCUUGGAGCGUCCAGAUCAAUGUCUGGAAUUGUGGACAAUGUACCCAAUCCCAACCAAGGUACAGUAGAAAGAGAAGAGGAUACCGAAGGGAGGAUUAAUGGGGAUACAGAGGGUGCUUGUGUUGAGACGGAAGAUGCAUGUAUUCCGUUGCCGACAUGGCUGCCCGAGUAUCUACGGACACAUCCAGCCAUGAAGCGAUUUUGGUGGAUGAAACCCAAAUUGAAUCCUUCGAGUAGUGGUGGUCCAAACAGGACUAACUCACAAGAGGUCUAUGUCUACGUCGAGGACUAUGUACCGGAAGGCCCGAGCGAGGUCGGUGGACUACGAGAGUCGCGGCUGGGGAGAUACGACCACUGGCUAUAG